AUGAUCCAUAGAAGAUGCAUCUACCUACCUCGUGUCAUUAAGAUCAACCGUCACCAGCACCGUCUCUCUCACACUUCCUCCCUUGUUCCUUGUGAUGGUGACUUGUCCUGUGGAGUUUGCCGCAAACCCGUAGACAUCAACUACGGGAGCUACUCUUGCAACAGAGGGUGCCACUACGCUGUCCAUUCAAAAUGUGCAACAAAGGAUCAAGUGUGGGAUGGGAUAGAUCUUGAAGGAGUGCCCGAAGAGGAAGAGGAAGUCAUUGAGCCAUUCGUGAGGAUCGACGAAGAGACUAUACAACAUUUCAGCCAUGACCAUCACCAUCUAAAGAUUCAUGGGAAUGACAGCAAGGGCAACCAUGAGAACAAGUUUUGCCAAGCUUGCGUCCUCCCGAUGACAGUGUCAGAUCGCUUCUAUAGCUGUGUCCAAUGCGAGUGUGUUCUUCAUGAAACAUGUGCAUCCCUGCCUCGCCAAAAACACCAUCCUAUACACAAACACCCGCUCACCCUCUUGCACCCAUUCUCUUCCAGUCCUACUCAAGAGCUCGUGCUUGAAUAUCACAGAAAAGGUUUCUUCGUUUGUGAUGGUUGUGGACGAGUUUGUUGUGGCUUCGUCUACAGAUGCAUGGAGAAAAACUGUCACUUUCAGCUAGAUGCAAGAUGCGCUUCGCUUCCUGAUCCUUUAAUCCACGACUGCCAUCCGCAUGGUCACCCUCUCUUCUUCAACCUGACCCGAGGUGAAUGCAUGGGCUGCAAGUGUGGCGGCAUUUUUCGCAGGCACGUCGAAUGUAUUCAAUGCAACUCGUUUUUGUGUCUCAGAUGUGCUACGUUGCCUUCCCUGGCUCACUACAAGCAUGACAAACAUCCACUCACUCUUUGCUGCGGAGAAGAAGAGGUAACAGAUGAUCUCCAAUACUGGUGUGAGUUCUGUGAAGGGAAGUUAGAUGCGACGGAGUGGUUCUACACAUGCGACUCCUGCAGAGUCACUCUUCACGUCACGUGUUUAUUGGGUCAAGAGAUGUACCUGAAGCCAAACCAUAUAAUCAAAGACGAUGAUAAUGAGGUUGAAAUUGCACGCAACAGUGGUAUUACCAGACCAAUGUGUGAUACUUGUAGGCGUCGUUGCGGGGAGGCUUUGUAUUGGGUAAGCCAAGGGAACAAGUGGUGCGACUUCUGCAAGAUCUGGAUUCAGAACAAUACAACUAGUAUAAGAAACCAUGAGCUUGGUAAGCGUCACCGAGAAUGUGUCGACAAGAAGCUCACUGAUAUGCGUGAGAAGAGCGCAGCCAAAGACAAAGAGCUCAAGAAAAACGAAAAAUUGCUUCAACAGAUCGAAGCUAAAGCAACUCGUAGCUAUCAGAAGGAUAUAGCAACUGCUCAGGAAGUGGCCAAAGCAAACGGCGCACCGGAGGAUGGUACACGCGAUUGGGUGCUUGACAGUGCUUCGGGAUAUUAUUACAACCAGACCAACGGUCUGCACUAUGACUCAAAGUCUGGUUUCUAUUACAGUGACUCAAUAGGACAUUGGGUGACACAAGACGAGGCAUACGCUGCGGUUAAGUCUUCAUCAGAUAAAGGAGCUAAAGUACCUCUGAUUAAAAAGCCUGUACCUUCUUCAGAAGCUGGACCAAGUAUGGCGAAACCACCUGGGCGUCUUGUCACGGCUUCGUUAAACCCGAAGAGAACUGUGAAAGGAGCUGCUUCAUCUGUUGAUAUUGGUAACAACAAGAGGAAGAGACUAGAUGAGAAACCAAAGAAAGUAUCUGCAGAAGAGAAAGCUGCAUUGAAGGCGAGAGAAGCUGCUAGGAAACGUGUUGAAGAUAGAGAAAAGCCAUUACUGGGUCUUUACAAUAGACCGUUCUGAUGGACUCAUUGCUUUGAUGCUCUGUAACAGGGAGGAAGCUAAGCAGAGGAGAGUGAUGAUUGAUCACAUUGUGGCGGUUAUUUCUGUUAUUCUUCUUAUAUGGUUUGUUCCAAAACUCUAUGGGUGUUUCUCGGAGGAUUGGUCAUGUGUUCCUCUAACAGUUGCUCAAAAUAAAUCAAUUUCUCUUUGUUGUACAAACUUAUUCAAUUUUGUAGUCAGAAAGUUUGAAGUUCAUAAAAUAUCACUUUUCCUUCUAAAAAAAU